GGUGUUAACAAAGAAGAAUCCAGAUGGGGUGCAGGUGCUGUAAAAUGAUACAAAGCUACAUCUUUGAUCCACAAGAAGUGCAGACGUCAGGGUACAUCAACGAAAUCAACAACUACAAAUCUGACCGCCCAGAUGGAGGGAAGCCCAAACGCAAGCACAACGUCGAAAUCCAAGUCCACAAAAAUGAACUGCAGAACGCCGAGUCGCAACCAUCCGUGAACAGAAAUAAGUUAAACAACACGAAGGAUGCCGUUCGGAAUUGCAGGAACACGGCUCUUCAUGAGGAAGGGCUCAGUAACUGUCUUGAAAAGAUCAACGUGAACAUCAACGGUGUUCCUUCCCACUCAAAUCUCAAAUCCAAUCACAACGCAAACCAAAACAAAGAGGCCGGUACGCACGUCUCCUCAGCUCAGCUGAACAACAGUUCAGCCAAAGGGCUCUCACCGCCCAAAGAGGGCAGUGACACAAACCUAGAAGCAGACCACCCAACCACAGAAAGCAGCCGAUACAGGCAGUUGCCGACUACAGGAGAAAAUGGCUCUCUUGCUCAAAGGGCCACGCUGGAGGCCCAAAGCUUGGGCUCCCCUGACCCAGACUUCUCAAAAAAUGCCAGUCAACAGACCGUGGUUGGAUGCGAGAGUCUGUCAAAGAACCACACGCAUUCAACUCCAAGCACCGAGCGCACAAUUUUAAACAAACAUGGGGACCAGGCCUUGUGCGAGUCUCCGAGGUGCGACUCCGGAGAUCAAGCCAGCAGAACGGGGACCUUAAACGGGUGCCUUAGGGACAAAACGUUCAGCGAUAUCCCCUCUCCGAGGCCCCAGCCCGAAGCCUUGGUGGAAGCUGGAGAGGUUUGCUGCGGAGAGGCUAAUGGAGACUUUGAGGAAGAGGAUGCAGACAUAGCAGAGGCCCUGGCAGCGCUGGAGGCUGCAACAGCAGGAGAAGAUUUCGAGGAGGUGGAAGAGGAAUAUUAGAUCAUAGU